GCGGAGUCGCUGCCUUGGCACGGAAAGUCCUGCCUCGCUUUUCGCUGCCCCUCCAGCCCUCAGCCUAUCCGCAGCCUGGGGGCAGGCGAGCGUGUGCGACGCCGGGGCAGGCACGUCCUUGUGCGAGCCGGGUGGUUCCAUCUGUUCGCUUGCCAGAGCCACUACGGUGCGUGCCGGGUUUCCUCGUUUUAGCUAUGCUGGGCUCAGCGCAGGGGAGGCCCGCCCCGUUCCAUUCCUCCUCCGUCGCCGCUUCUGUCUCGCCAGCUGUCUCGCCUCCGAAGCCUUGUUGCAGUCACGAAAAAGACGGGGAGCACGCGAAAAUGGCAGUGCCUCCUCCAUAUACUGAUUUAGGAAAAGCUGCUCGAGACAUCUUCACCAAGGGAUAUGGAUUUGGUUUAAUAAAAUUGGAUUUGAAAACAAAAUCUGAAAAUGGACUGGAAUUUACAAGUUCAGGUUUUGCAAAUACAGAAACAAGCAAAGUUACUGGGAGUUUGGAAACUAAGUACAGAUGGAAAGAAUAUGGCUUGACAUUUACAGAGAAAUGGAACACAGACAAUACAUUAGGAACAGAAAUAACUUUAGAAGACCAGCUGACACAUGGACUGAAAUUGACUUUUGACUCCUCAUUCUCACCUAACACUGGAAAGAAGAAUGCUAAAAUCAAGUCUGGAUACAAGCGGGAACAUAUCAAUGUGGGCUGUGAUAUGGAUUUUGAUAUUGCGGGUCCUUCAGUACGUGGUGCCUUUGUCUUCGGCUAUGAAGGCUGGUUGGCUGGCUACCAAAUGACUUUUGAGACAACUAAAACCAGAAUAACUCAGAGUAACUUUGCUGUUGGCUAUAAGACUGAUGAGUUUCAGCUUCACACUAAUGUAAAUGAUGGCACGGAAUUUGGAGGCUCCAUUUAUCAGAAGGUGAAUGAUAAAUUAGAAACUGCUGUCAAUCUUGCUUGGACAGCUGGAAAUAGCAACACCCGCUUUGGAAUAGCAGCCAAAUAUCAGAUUGAUUCAGAUGCAUCUUUUUCUGCUAAAGUGAAUAAUUCCAGUCUGAUUGGUUUAGGAUAUACUCAGAUUCUGAAGCCAGGUAUCAAAUUGACAUUGUCUGCUUUACUGGAUGGGAAGAAUAUUAAUGCAGGUGGCCACAAGCUGGGUCUAGGACUGGAAUUCGAAGCAUAAAAGAAAGGAUUUUACCAUCACUAAUUCUAAAACACUAUACAGCAUAGCUACCUUCUGGAUUUAGUGUAUUUUUCAAUGUUUUACGUCUGGGAUGCAAUUAUUGCUGUGUGUCAGUCAUAUUAAAUCUGGUUAAAGGCUAAACCUCAGAGCAUGUAUUUUCAGAGAAAGAUGGAAUUACUUUCUCUAGAUCUGGGCAUUUGGGGUAUAUUGUUGGCUGGAGCUACGUGCUUAUCAACUCUUGUAUGAAGGAAUUACCUUUUGUAAAAUUGAUGAUGAUUGUAGUGGAAGACACAUCUGAAAUUCAUGUUGUGAAAAUGCUGAUUCAUCACAGGGUGCAGAAAACACAUUUUUCUGCUAAGUCAUCAGGCUUUCAUUCUCUAAUGGAGCAUUCACAUUUAUUCAAGAGGCUGUCAAGGCAGGUGCACGCCCAUUUAAAUCUCACUUUUCUCUCCUACAGCUCUCUUUUAUACUCAACAGCUUUAGAGUGCUUUAGAAUGUUCACGUUGUACUAUUUUGGUGUAUAGGAAGUUUGAUGUAAAUCAGCCAAUCCGACUUAAAAUGUCACAUCCUUUCCCUUGCACUGAUUAUUGAGGGGCUUGUACAACGGACUGAAUGAACUGAAAAAAACCUGUUGUUAUUGUAAUCCCUUAGUGGCACUGCAUUAAACAAAAUGAACUUUUGUUUUAUUACUUUUUUUUAAGCAGUUUUAAUAGAUACAUCUUCAGUCUUCCAUUUGUGUGUGUGUGGAACUAGACCCUAAAUGCUGUACUGGACACCAUUUAAAAUUAAGGUUAAACAAAAUACAUCUUCCUUCCAACAUAAAUAAAACAUCUUCAUCUCUAA